AUGGCUGAUAAUCAGAAUCAACCACAGAAUCAGUGCAACCAGCUGUGGUAUAUCUUCCCUUUGGGCAACCUAAUUUCCACCUCAGACCAGAUGUCAUCAAUCUUGAUCAGUCAAGAAGAGAUAUCUGUAGAUGCGUUCCAAAUGAGAUUAUUCUCUCAUACUUUGAAAGAUGCUGCGAGAGAAUGGUUCCUUUAUUUACCACCAGGGAGCAUUCAAUCAUGGAACGAUAUGAGAGAUUUAGAGAGCUAUCCUGAGGCAUGGGAGAGGUUCAAGAAUUUUUUCAGAAGAUGCCCCAGCCUUGACAUUCCUAAGCAGGCUCAGCAAUAUCUCUUCUAUUAUGGUCUAAAACAAGAGUUCGGGAAUAUGAUAGAUGCUUCAGCGGGGAGAUCGGUUAUGAAACUUGACGUCGAUGAGGCCCGUGAUUUGUAUGAAAGAAUAGCUGAAAAUCAAUCGAUGUGGCCAGCCGAUAGGAAAGCUCCAAGGAAAAUAGCAUGGGUACACAACGUGGAUGCAGUGACGGUACUGGCUGCGCAAAUGGAAGUUCUUACAAUGAAAAUGGACAAUCUGUAUAAAUCAGUUAACAUAGUACACCAAUUGCCGCCUGUUUGCGAAGGUUGUAGAGGAGAUCAUGCUACUAUACGCUGUCCUUUGGCAUCAACACAUGUGUCUAUCAAGAAUUUGGAACAACAAAUGGGACAGAUCGCAACUACAAUAGCUAAUAGACCAUCGGCUCCCAUCAUUGAGCUCCCAUCAUUCACUCCCGCCAACCUUGUCAAGGCAUAUGUGCCAUCGAUUCCGUUUUCUCGAAGACUACGAAGACAACCAACAGUGCAGCAGGUUCAGGCCAUCACCACUAGGAGUGGUGUUCAGCUACCAGAAAUCACAGUGGAAAAGAAGGGGACUGUGGAGAAUCAAGUGCCUACCACGACGGAAGAACUGGUGGAGCAGUCUAAAGAAGCAAUAGAAAAUGAUCAAAAGAUAGUUUCAAAUAGUUCACAGCUUAAGGCAAAUGUUCUUGGCACUACAUUAACACCCCCGGUCCCUUUUCCUCAAAGGUUGCAAAAAGCCAACUUGGAGAAGCAAGCUAUGAAAUUCUUGGAGGUCCUUAAAAAGCUAUAG